AAAUCCCAGGAACGAGUGUCAUUCAAGGACGUAUGUGUGGACUUCACCCAGGAAGAGUGGUCUCUUCUGGAUUCUACUCAGAAGGUACUAUACAGAGAUGUAAUCCUGGAAAAUUACGGCAACCUUGUCUCCGUAGGGCAUUGUGUUACUAAGCCAGAAGUGAUCUUCAAGAUAGAGCAAGGAGAAGAGCCCUGGAUCUUAGAGAAAGGAUUCCCAAGCCAGUGCUACCCAGAAAGGAAAUGGAAACUUGAUGACCUGUUAGAGAGCAGCCAGGAAAAUCAAGAUGAACAUUUUUGGGAGCGUAUAUUCACCAGUGACAAGAUAGUAAGCAUAGAAAGUGGUGAUACAGGAAGGAAAACUUUCAAUUUCUGCACGGACUCUGUUUCUUCAAGAAAUUUUCCUUAUCAAAUAUGUGACUCAUGUGAAAUGAGUUUAAAAAACACUUCAGGCUUGAUUAUUAGUAGAAAGAACUAUUCCAGAAAGAAGCCUGAUAGAUUUAAUGUAUGUGAGAAAUUGCUCCUUAAUUUUAGGGAUGAGAAAAUUCCUAUUGGUGAGAAAUCUUACAAAUAUGAUCAAAAAAAGAAUGUCUUUAAUCAUCACCAGGAUCUUUCUCAGUCAAUUUUUGACCAUUCUUUUGGGUAUAAUGAAAAUGGACAAAGCCUCACUGAGGAGGCAUCCUUUUUUACAAAUAAGAGAUCUCAGAUAGGAGAGACAUUCUGUAAAUACAAUGAAUGUGGAAGAACCUUCAUUGAAAGUUUAAAGUUCAACUUAUCUCAGAGAGCUCAUUUAGAAGUGGAGCCAUAUGAAUGCGAUAUUUGUGGGAAGUCCUUCUGUAUGGAUUUAAGAUUUGAACAUGAGAGAGGUCUUACAGGGAUCAGUCCUUAUGAGUAUAAUCAAUAUGGGGAAAUCUUCUGUGGCAAUUCAGCUUUCGUUAUCCAUCAGGGAGCUUACACAAAGAAGAUUCCCAAUGAAUAUAAAGUGAGUGACAAAACUUGGGGAAAGUCAACUCUCUUUAAACAUCAGUUAGUACACAUGGGGGAAAAACCGUAUAAUUACAAUGAAAAUAGGAAUAAUUUUAGUAAGAAAUCACAUCUCACUCAGCUUCGGAGAGGUCACUUAGGAGAAAAGACCUUUGAAUGUGGUGAAUGUGGGAAAACCUUUUGGGAGAAGUCAAACCUCACUCAGCAUCAGAGAACACACACAGGAGAGAAGCCCUAUGAAUGUACUGAAUGUGGAAAAGCCUUUUGCCAGAAACCACACCUUAUCAACCAUCAGUGAACACACACAGGAGAAAAACCUUAUGAAUGUAAGCAAUGCGGAAAAACAUUCUGUGUGAAGUUGAACCUCACUGAACACCAGAGAACACACACAGGGGAGAAACCUUAUGAAUGUAAUGCAUGUGGAAAAUCCUUCUGCCACAGAUCAGCCCUAACUGUCCAUCAGAGAACACACACAGGGGAAAAACCUUUUAUAUGUAGUGAAUGUGGAAAAUCCUUUUGUGUGAAGUCAAAUCUCAUUGUACAUCAAAGAACUCACACAGGGGAAAAACCCUAUAAAUGUAAUGAAUGUGGGAAAACCUUCUGUGAAAAAUCAGCUCUCACUAAACAUGAGAGAACUCACACAGGAGAGAAGCCCUAUGAGUGUGAUACAUGUGGGAAGACCUUUAGUCAGAGCUCAGUACUCACCAAACAUCAAAGAAUUCAUGCAAGGGUGAAAGCUCUUUCUAUAUCCUGA